CGGCGGGCUUGGGGCUGCGGGCGCCGGGCGCGCUCCCAGCGCUGCGCGUCGAAGGGCCGGGAGGCGCCGGGAGCCCCGCCGCCUAGGACGGCGCGAUGUGGGAGGCGCUGCGGCCGGAGCCCCGAGCAUCGCCCGCCGCCCGCCCCCCGGGCACGGUGCGCGCCCCGCCGGCGGCGCCGGGCAGAGACGGCCGCCCCGCGGCUGACCCGCGUGGCCCGGGCGGCGCCGCCCGAGCCCUCUAGGCGGCCGCAGGGCCGGAGCUCGCCGCCAGCGCCCUCGGAGACCAUGCCCCCCGGCGCGGGCCCAGGGAGCCAUGGCCCUUAGGGUCCCGGGCCGCGCGGGGCCGCCCCAGGCGCGCAGGGCGCGCAGGCUGCUCUUCGCCUUCACGCUCUCGCUGUCCUGCACGUACCUGUGCUACAGCCUCCUGCGCUGCUGCGACGGCCGCGGCCGCGGCCGCCUCCUCCGCGCGCCCCGCGGCCCCCGCGCGGCCGUCCCGCCCGCGCCCCCGGAGCCCCGGCCCUGCGCCCCCCCGGGGCCGCCGCCCCGCGCGCCCGCGCCGCGCCCCGCGGCUUCCAGCCUGUCGGGCUCCCCGAAGCCGGGCACCAAGCGGCUGCCCCAGGCCCUGAUCGUGGGCGUGAAGAAGGGGGGCACGCGCGCCGUGCUGGAGUUUAUCCGCGUGCACCCGGACGUGCGGGCCCUGGGCACCGAGCCCCACUUCUUCGACAGGAACUACGGGCGCGGGCUGGACUGGUACAGGAGCCUCAUGCCGCGGACGCUGGAGAGCCAGAUCACGCUGGAGAAGACGCCCAGCUACUUCGUCACGCAGGAGGCCCCGCGGCGCAUCUUCAACAUGUCGCGGGACACCAAGCUGAUCGUGGUGGUGCGGAACCCGGUGACCCGCGCCAUCUCCGACUACACCCAGACGCUGUCCAAGAAGCCCGACAUCCCCACCUUCGAGGGCCUGUCCUUCCGGAACCGCACGCUGGGCCUGGUGGACGUGUCCUGGAACGCCAUCCGCAUCGGCCUGUACGCGCUGCACCUGGAGGGCUGGCUGCGCUACUUCCCGCGCGCGCAGAUCCACUUCGUGAGCGGCGAGCGGCUCAUCACGGACCCCGCGGGCGAGAUGGGGCGCGUGCAGGACUUCCUGGGCAUCCGCCGCUUCCUCACCGACAAGCACUUCUACUUCAACAAGACCAAGGGCUUCCCCUGCCUGCGGAGGACGGAGGCCAGCCUCCUGCCCCGGUGUCUGGGCAAGUCCAAGGGCAGGGCUCACGUGCAGAUCGACCCCGAGGUCAUAGACCAGCUGCGGGAGUUCUACAGACCUCACAACAUCAAGUUCUAUGAGACCGUGGGCCAGGACUUCAGGUGGGAGUAGGCCUCCCCGGGGCGUCUCCUGCGCCUCUGCCUGGGUUUGUGCUUAGGGCCUGCGGCCCGCAGCGCCGGGCUCCAGCGCCUUCCCGGCUGGGGCUCCGUCAGCCCGGGACCAGGGAGCCCAGCCGGGCGAAGAGUCUGGGGCCCUGCCGCUAGCCAGGCAGCGCGGACCCGCCUCGGGCGCCCAGCCCCGCAACACUGGGCUCCCAGGAGCUGCUGCGGGAGAAGGGGUCUCCCCGCUGGGUGCGCUGUGGCCCGCGGUGAGGGCUCUGUUGCUGUGAGCACAGCGGUCUGUCCCUGUCGCUGUCCCCCCCAGAGUGAGCUUGCUGCUUCCGAGCGUCGUGUACCUCCCUGUGAGCUUCCCGCCCCCGGCUGGUGGCACGGCCACGGUCCUCGUCCUCCGCCCUCAGCAGCCCAGCCAGAGCCGCAGCGGACGCGGCCGGGCCCUGCGAGGAGACGGCCCUCUGAUGAGGGCACAGACCGGAGCUCCCGAAGGCGGCCGUCUUUGGUGACCUCCCUGCUCCCUGUGGACAAAAGCACAUAAUUCUGCUGUUACGGGUACUUGCCUCACGCGAGCUUUCAUGUUCAGCAUGCAACAGAACAUGCCUGUCCAUGUGAAAUAAAUACGGCUCCCUC